AUGACAAAGAUUCUCCGGCACCAUCCGCGCAGUGUACAUGCACACAAGGACCUCCUUCUGCAUUGCCUUGAAGACCGAGACGAGUCCAUUCGUCUCCGAGCUCUCGGUUUACUUCAAGGCAUGAUUACUAAGAAGAAUCUUAUCGAGAUCGUGCAUCAGCUGGUUCGCCACGUGCAAGCUGCCACUGGUGGUGCGCAUUACAAAGCUGAGUUGGUCGCCCAGGUUGUACAGAUCUGUGCCCAGAACAAUUACCACUAUAUCACCUCCUUUGAAUGGUAUUGCUGCUUUCUCUUUUUCUAG